GAGUCAGAGUGGGACAGCAGUUUGAGAGGUCGUCGUGUGAGCGUUCUCCGAUUUAGCCGACGCUGCUGAUCGGCUCAUCUACACGCAAAAGAAAGCUCACGCUCCUGCCAGCAUGUCUGGGGAGGAGAACCAUGGAGACAAGACCCACCAUAAUGGCGUGAAGAAACACAGAACAUCGCUUCCUGCUCCGAUGUUUUCCAGAAAUGACGUGAGCAUCUGGAGCAUCCUCAAGAAAUGUAUUGGGAUGGAACUUUCUAAAAUCGCCAUGCCGGUCAUCUUUAACGAGCCUUUGAGUUUCCUGCAGCGUCUCACUGAAUAUAUGGAGCACACGUAUCUCAUCCACCAAGCCAACGCCUCCACAGACUCCAUCCAGAGGAUGAAGUGUGUGGCUGCAUUUGCUGUCUCUGCUGUUGCAUCACAGUGGGAGAGGACCGGAAAGCCCUUUAACCCACUGCUGGGAGAAACAUAUGAGCUAAUCAGAGAGGAUCUGGGCUUUAGAUGGAUGUCUGAGCAGGUGAGCCACCACCCACCUGUUAGUGCAUUCCACGCUGAAGGACUCAAUGAUGACUUCCUUUUCCACGGCUCUAUCUACCCUAAACUCAAGUUCUGGGGAAAGAGUGUGGAGGCUGAGCCGCGUGGAAUCAUUACACUGGAGCUGCCCAAACAUAAGGAAGCCUACACCUGGACCAAUCCUACAUGCUGCGUCCAUAACAUCAUUGUGGGUCAGCUGUGGAUUGAACAAUACGGCAACGUGGAGGUUAUUAACCAUAAAACUGGCGAAAGAUGCAGUUUGACAUUCAAGUCCUGUGGCCUCUUCGGCAAAGAGCUACACAAAGUGGAAGGUUUCAUACUUGACAAAAGCAAAAAGAAAAUCUGCGCCAUUUACGGCAAGUGGACCGAAUGUCUGUACACAGUGGAUCCAGCUAUGUUUGACCUUCACAAAAAGGCAGAUAAGAAAUCUACAGAGGAGAAAAAAAGCAAGCAGAGCAGUGUGGAUGAGGAGGCUGAGGAGAUGCCCCCUCCUGAGGCUGAGACUGUGCAGGUCAUCCCUGGCAGCGAACUCAUCUGGAGGAUAUCACCCAGACCUGGAAACUCAGCUCAGUACUAUGCCUUCUCUACAUUUGCUAUGCAACUGAAUGAGCUGGAGGAAGACAUGAAGGAGAAUCUCCCUAUUACAGACUGCCGCCUCCGGCCUGACAUCCGUGCUUUGGAGAACGGAGACAUUGAUUUGGCCGGUGCUGAGAAGAAGAGAGUGGAGGAAAAACAGAGAGUGGCACGGAAAAACCGCUCCAAAUCCAAUGACGAGUGGAAGACACGGUGGUUUCACCAAGGAGCAAACCCGCACAACGGAGGACAAGACUGGCUUUACUCUGGUGGCUACUGGAGCAGGAACUACUCCCAACUACCUGACAUAUACUAACCCCAACCCGCCCAGAAAGGGACUGCUGAAGAGAAACCAUGCAUGUUCACGAUUCACUACAGUUCAUGCGGAGUGUCAAUUACUUAUACAGCCACAUGCUGGUUUAAUGUUUACCACCAUCUUAUAAACACUCAAGCAUGAGGAGGUGGAUGUAAUGGCAGUUAUUCUUUAAUAUGCAGUGUGUGAGGUGACGUUUGUUUUGUCCAGAGACUUGCAUUUCAACUUUAAAUAAUUCAUGUAGAUAUUGCUAGAGUAGAGUUUCAAUUUCAACAGAUGUAGUGAGAAACCUUGUAAAUACAAAUAGGAUCUAGAUAAUUAUCUGUCGAGACUUGAAUUUGCUGAAUGAAACAAACAUAGUCUUCUUUAGGUGACUAAAACUUACCUCAUAGUUUUAGCAGCGUACUAAGCAUAUCUGUUGUGAAUAAAGACAAAUGACGUGUUAUUGUUAUAUUUACGGAACCCUAGUUUUGCAGAUGUGGGCUAUAUACUUAAUCCUCAGCUAAAUAGAUAAACAGGUCUCUUUAGCUCAGUAUUAGGUUUAAUGUGAGAUUCUAGAAGGCAUUUUGUUUGUAUAAAUAGUAUUUAUAAAAUCAUUUCUGAAAUUAAUUGUUUGUGGCUGUUGAGAAUAUUUUGAACGUAUAAAUAAACAAAAUUAUAAUAAUAAAUGUGUUAGGCUUGUAGACGGACCAGUUACAAGUCAUUUGGACUUUGAAUGCUUUGUUUGGGUUGUUGAAGAUUUAAGGGUGGAAUUAAAAUAUUUACCAAAUGACAGUCAGAUUUUCCACUCUGAACAUGAAUAUGACUCCAUCAUAAAUGUCAUGUUUUUCAGACUCACACUUUACAGCAAAAGCACAAAUCUAUUUAACUAUGCAAUGGAAAACCUUUUUCUUUUUUUAUUUUAAAACGUUCGAUUUGUUCAGUUGACCUCUUUAUUAAACUGGGAAAUGAAUUAACCAGUUAGCUGCAGCUUCUUUUGUGGAAGCUCCAUGAUAUUUCCAACAGGGACCCUCUAUAUAGGGAAAAGGGUUCACAUAGAGUCGACUGGGAGAAUUACAAGUGUUUACUUUAGAUACUCUUUCUUUACAGGUACAUUCCGAUGACCAACAAUAACUCAACAGUACACCCAGUCUAGAUGCCUUGUGAAGAAAAUCUUUUUAACUGUAUGAUAAAAUCUUGAUUAUGGGUAUAAAACAAGAGAAAUCAAAUUUGUUUGUAUUGUUGCUAAAUAAAGACUUACGCUUCCCUGCUGAGGAGUUGGA